GCUCCACAUGCACACUCGUUUAUUCUUGCCACGAUCAAUUGCAGAUCCCCUUUCCUUUCUUUAAAUCAUCUCCCUCAGCAUAAGCACCGAAAUUCUCAGGAUGUUUGCUUGGUUCUAUCGCUGGCCAGUUAUGUGUACCAUUCUACAGGAAAUAGAUUAUUUAAUGCACGAUAAUGUCUCUUUAAACUUGUUAGCAAUAUUCCCCUUUCUUUCUCACUUUCUCUUCUUCCUUUCCUUUACCUUUUUACCUCUUGUCCCAUAAGAGGGUUUUUAGAUACUUUU